UCAGUUUUAGCGACAGUUAAUAACUCCAGUCUCCAGCAACCUCACCAAGACCUCACCAAACAACUGGAGUUAUGUGUGCUAUGCAAUAUCAUCCACUUUACACACUGCAUCAAAUUGCGCUGCACUCUCGUGGUAUCUGCGAUGAAUGUGAAGUUUAAUGUAAUGCUUGCUAGUCUUUGUACUGGAAUUGCAGACGGCAGAGAUUUUGGAAACUGAACGUCGCGCGCAGGCUACAGUAUCGAACUUCUUGUGCAAAAAAGUUGUACAUUUCAGCAUUGACGAAAUAUUUCACUCAAUAUAUAACUAAUUUGUUCCCUUUGAUGGAACUUCAAGCUGGAUAUGUAAAUUAGUUCAAGCGCAGCAGCAAUUUUCUAACUUCCAAGCCAACUUUCCAUAAAGCCAACAGGUGCGCAUCCGAACCAACAAGGCGCGCGAGACCGCCAUUGGUUUCAACGUUUUCCUAUUGUGGAUAUUACAGGAUUUUUAUGACGUACAUUUUUUCCCCCAAAGGACUCAGGUUUUGAAUGAGAUUAUGUGGAUUUUACUCUGCGUUUAUCCGCUACAAAUGUCUCCAAAACAGCAUUGGUGUCCUCCAAAUAACUGUUGUGCAUGGUGAUACAAAACGUCCGGUGAACAGUGCAUUGUAAUCGCCUUCUGCCACUAAUCCAAAUGAUCCUUCCAUUAUUAAUCCUGCUUGUAUCGCUUCUCCAACAACAUGGCUCAGAAGCUGAAUCAAGUCACAUCAGCAAAUUCCAACAACCAAGUUUAAAGGAACAAAACGGAGUACAAGGUUCCCAGCAUGAGAAGAUAAUCACCGUCACAGGAGAGGGAGUGAUCCAUAGUCCGGACUUCCCACUCACCUACCCCAGGAGUACCGUGUUGGUCUGGAGACUAGUGGCCUCCAAUGACAACAUGAGAAUCCAGUUAACCUUCGACGAGAGGUUUGGCCUGGAAGACCCAGAGGAUGGAAUAUGCAAGUAUGAUUUUGUGGAGAUCGAGGAGCCAUCUGAGAACACCAUCUUGGGCCGCUGGUGCGGGUCCCAGGUACCUGACAGCCACAUGUCCAAAGGCGGUCAGAUCCGGGUGCGAUUCAUAUCUGAUGAGUACUUCCCCUCCGAGCCCGGCUUCAGCAUUCGCUACUCCCUGCUCCCCAUGAGCGCAGAUGCAUUGUCUGAGGCUGUGGCUAGCCUCAGCACCGUGGAGGAGGUCAUGAAGUACCUGGAACCUGAGAGAUGGCUGCUUGACAUGGAAGACCUAUACAAGCCCACGUGGCACAUCCUGGGAAAGUCAUUCCUCCACAACAAGAAAUCCAGAGGAGUGGAUCUCAACCUGUUGAGAGAAGAGGUGAGACUGUACAGCUGCACGCCGCGCAACUUCUCUGUCUCCCUGCGCGAGGAGCUCAAGAGGACGGACGCCAUCUUCUGGCCUAGCUGCCUCCUGGUGAAGCGCUGCGGGGGCAACUGUGCCUGCUGCGCGCAUCGCUGCUUUGACUGCCAGUGUGUGCCUACCCGGGUCAUCAAGAAGUACCAUGAGGUUCUCCUGCUGAAGCACCGAAGCGGGGGCCGAGGCCUGCAGAAGUCCAUGAGCGAUGUGCCCUUGGAACACCACGAGGAGUGUGCCUGUGUUUGCAAAGACGACUGGGACUGAUCUCAAACCUGUGUACCGGUGCCACUGGCAUCCCAGGAGACACUUGAAACUGCACGCGUCUUCCAGCGUCUCCCAGGCAAACCAUCUCCAUUGAGAGUGAGGAGCGAAUGAGAUUGCUUUGCUUAUCCUGUUCUCCUCUUGCAAAUUGGACGAGAGUAAAAACUGACUGGAACUACUUCAUUUGUGGAUGGAUCUGGCCGCUGUGGAGGACCUGUAGCUGACUUUGAGUGCAUUGAAUAGACAGGAAAUGGAUAGACUGCACUUGAAUGAUGGACCUAUCUUAUUAAUUCUUCACUCUCUGAAGGUUCUCUCUCCCUUUGCUUCUCAGAGAUCGGAAUUGGUGUUAAGGGACAUCAUUGUCUGUUUAGCGUAAUUUUUUUGUGCCUUUUUUUGUGCCAAAACCUUUAAGGGGUCUUGUUGAAAUGCGACACAUGGGGCCUCCCGAGUGGCGCAGUG